GGCUUCAUGUUGUCAAGAACAUGGAGAACUACAAGAUUGUUCGACAGCUGGGUCAUGGUGCCCAGGCGACAAUAUAUCUCGCCGAAAAAUUGGACACUGGGAAAUCAUGUGUCCUUAAAAAGGUGGAAUGCUUUGAUGAAAGUGAGGCAAACAAGGCCUUCCGAGAGUCUCAGGACCUGUUAAGUUUGGAUCACCCUUAUGUCUCUGGCUACAAUGAGUUCUUCGUGAUGUGGGAGAAGGAGAAUUCUUCAGUAUUCAUGACAAUAAUGAUGGAUUACUUCCCCCAUGGUACUCUCGGCACCAUGUUGCAGAAACACAGAGAGAGCAAGGAAGUCAUACCAGAGGAGACAAUCAAGUACUGGAAUGGCCAGGUGAUCGAAGGCUUAGUGUAUGUACAUCAGAGAGGAAUCGUUCACAGAGAUUUACGACCUAAUAACCUUUACUUACAAGAGGAGGGAAGUUUAAAGAUUGGAGAUUUCUCUGUAGCCUCAGUGAUGGGAGACACUCAAACCUGUACCAGGGCUACGCUCAGUAGUGCUAACUACCUGGCCCCCGAGGUGGAGGAAACUGGCUUUAGUCCAAUCACAGACAUCUGGUCACUUGGAUGUAUCCUGUUUGAGCUUACAACAUCAACCUUUUUUGAUGAAAAACAGGUCAUUGAAAAGAUGAAAGAGGCAAAGGAGGAUACCUAUGUGAUGGAGGAGGUGUUUGAGGAUGUUGCUAAUCAUUACUCUGGAGAAUUGAUCAGCUUAAUUCGUUUGAUGUUGAAGAGGAAAGACAGACCAUCUGCUAUAGAUCUUAAGAAGAACAAUGCAUAUGUGAAGGUUUGUGUGGAGAUGACGGAUGCCUCACAGCUGGAGAAGAGGAAGCGACAAAAGUCAGCUCGUAGAGACAAACGUACAGUACCAAAGGAUGGAGGCCUGAUCCGAAUACUGGAACAUCUGGCCAACUGCAUCGACUACGAGGAACAGGUGCUGGAGUCCCUGUCCCUUAUCCUCGAAAUGUGUAAGGAGUCGGAAACAUUUCAGAUAGAUGCAAGUGGCAAACGCCUCAUUAGUGUCGCCAUGCGUAACCACCUACAAAAUGAAAACAUCCAGAUCACAGGAUGCAGCAUAUUCAACCGUCUACUUGUGACGGGAAGCUCAGACAUUUUUAUCACACGUCACAAGGUUAAGAGAAGUGUUAAUUUGCGUGAUAAGCCUAACGAUGCCAUAUUCUCCUCCGAUGUAAUCAGUAUAUUCCCACGAGCAAUGGAGGAACAUAUAUCUAGUGCUGAAGUGCAGCAGGUUGCAGCAGCAUCUUUGAUGGCUCUAGCCUCCAACAGUGAGGCAGCAGAAGCUAUUGGUUUCCUAGGUGGGGUUAACCAUAUCCUGGAGGCUCUGAAGAGAUUCCCUAAUAACCCAGAGCUCUGUGCCACAUGUUGUCAUGCCCUGUGGAGUCUUUCUGUCAAUGAAAACAAUGUGAAGAUUGUGACAUCAGAGAAAGGACUAGGGCUUGUGUGUAAUGCCUUAAAAACACAUAUGAAUUCUCCUGAUGUGGCCGAGGCUGCAAGUGCCGCAUUGCUCUCCACAACGCUCAACGAUGAAAACUUAGAGUAUGUUGGUGACCUCGAUUGUGUUGGCCUCCUAAUCAGUGCUGUAGAAACACACACCAAGAACCCGAAAGUUGUCAAGAAUGCUUGUAUGGCCCUAGCAAGUCUGGUGGAACCUGAUGAGGAAAGUGCCUAUAGAGUAUUAGCAAACGAAGCUUCAGGUGGAGGUCAUAUAGCAGGUAUCCCCAAGGUCAUGAGUGCAUAUGAACUCCACAAAGACAAUGCCGAAGUGGUAGAGAGUAUAGCAACACUGCUGAUGGAACUUGCUGAGUAUGAUGGUGGAUUGGUGAAAAUUAAACCCAAGGCUUCUGGUAAAGUUAUUGUAUUUGCAUAUAUCAUGUAGUUCAUUGCCAAAACAAUGUAUGUGUACAUCUAGAUCUAGAAAGUCAUUCAUUCAUUUUUGUUUAAAUUCUAUACAAUACAUCAUACAUGUAUUUACUCCUUUUGUUAAACAACUCCAAUAUCAUUUCAUCUUUUUAGGCAUCAAAGAUAUUAAAAAUUUAUUCCAGGUGAUUUCAGACAAAGGAAUAAUUGUACAGCAAAUGUCGGCUCAAAUAUGUUGCUAGCUUGAACAUUUGUUUUCUUGUUUUUGUUUUUUCAUUUGACUUCCAUAACCGAUACUUUAAGCUUUUUCGCUUACAAUAAAAAAUAUGCCAUAAAACUUAAUACAUUGUGGUCAAAUAUUGUAGAAUUAGCCUGUUAUUUUGCAGCAGAUGUCUUUAUUUGCAUUUUUACGCUCUUAUGUAAACUAUAACUAUAAUACCAACGGACACUGGGAUGCAUUGCUGUGGUGUUGUUGGGGUAGGUCUGAAUUUCACAAAUUUGGUUAUACAGGCUUAAAACUGUGAAAGAAAUACAGAUUCUGGUUUGGUUCACUAUAUCAACAUAAUUUAGUCAUAGAAGUAUAAACUAAGAUAAAUUCUACUCCCUUCCAAGUGGUAUUUAUCAUGUCCCAGGUGAUGAAAUUCACAAUUUUGAUAAAACAUCUGAAGCACUUUCCAUACAUGUAUCUAAAGAUUUUAAAGAUAUUUAUUUUUGUUUGAUCUGACAGAAGGUUUACCAGUACUUAUGGAAGGGAACUUUCUUACAAUCUGCAGUAAACAUUUUACAUUCUGACUAAUUUUGCUACUGUGGACUAAUUUUGACACCACAAUUACAUGAUACAUGUACUUAAUAUUUCAGAUUUAGAUAUUAAGUCGGUAAUUGAACUAAUUGGAUACAGACUUUUGUAAAUUCUUGGGCUAUUAAUAAUUUGGUUUGGACUUUGGAAACAAUACAUGUAUUAGAUCAUUACCAGACUGUAUAUUGGUUCCACUUAUCUACAAAUAGUU